GGGACCACGGCUGGUUCUGCCAGCGUGGUGCCACCAGAAGAACUGAACAUGUUUCUUCCUGAAUUCGACUAAUGACCUGUGGAAGCAGGGCUACAGUAGGGAAGGCAAAAAGGCCCAGAUGAGGCCACUUCUGGGCCAGAGCGUCUAUUUCUUUCUAGAAUUAUAUCUGGCAGUGGGAGUUCUCUUCCGUCGCGAAGAGAUCCACAUCUGCCUGACCAGAGGUGCGCAAUAUUACGUUGACUGCCUGGAGAUGGAGUAUCCAUUCCCUCAAGAAAGGUCCGCCGCAUGACUUGUCUGCUCUUACGUUCGAGGAGCCCGGCACAUGAACUGUCCUCACUGAGCAGAGGUUCCUCUGUGCCCAUAGUAGAAAAUAGUUUACCAGUCUGUGCAGAGGGCGAGACACGAGAUCUCCUUGGUGGUUUAUAGCAACUACCGUCCUGUUGUUCGAGCGGACCAGGACACGAUGACCCCUGACAUCCGGCUGGAACUACUUGAAGGCCAGAUUGCACAUGGCGCCCCAGCAUGUCUUGGAGGCAUAUGUCAUGACCACUUUCCUCCUGGAAAUCGUGCCCAGCAUUACCCAGACCUGGUAAAAGCGGGGCGAUUUCCAAGGGACCAAGUCUCUCACACCGCAGUGGGUCACCUUGAGAGUGUGUCGGCCCAUGAAACAAACGCCUGCAAAAAGAUGCUCUUUUAGACUGAAAUAUGCUCUAUUAGUCUCACCUGAUAGUCGCAGGGGAGAAGCGUCAUUCUCAGCUGUCGAGUUGUCAAUGCUGCUGCAGUUUGCUCUUUUAAGUCACCAGAUGGCCGCAGGGCAAAUUGCUGUAUCAGCUGCUACUGAAACAUCUUGAUCGACUGCGAGGUCUGUUUGAAGGCGAGAGGAAGAGGCGGGUAGAGGCUUCAGUCUUCUUCGGAGCAGCAAGAUGAUCUUCAUGCUGAAGGAGAAAGAUUCUGAUGAUUAUGAGAUUUUGCAUGGCUUAGGUAGCCAGCCCCAUCCAUUUUGGCGGGCUAAAAUACCAUUCAUGCCAUUGGCGUGAAUCAAUCAGGCUUCAGGAUUCAGAAAAAAUUUAGUUUUCCCAUAAGCAUCAGCUCAUUGACACAAUGCGAGCAAAAGGGAAAUAACACCAUGAGGAAAAAAAACUUAAAUGGUAUCACCAUUAUGUCCAGUUAGGUUCUUUUUCAUGGACUUUUAGUUGCUUUUCUUUAGUCACAUGCUUCCUUUUGUUCUAGUUUCCCGGCACAAAUCUGUUAACAUGUAUGGACAUUCAUUAACGAUCACACCUGUUUGUAUUCCGUUGGUUCUUUCUUUGUCUGGUAUUGUUUACGUUGGAUACACACUGUCUCAUUCUGUUUUGAAACUACCUGAUGUCAUGGAACAGAAGAAUGCAAACACAGGUAAUUGUCUGAACAGUUUUUCUGAACAACACUCAGGCAGAAAGCAGGUGAGUUUCUGGUAGCAGAUCGGUACUGUGAUACUGGCAUGAGAAUGAGAGUCUUAUCUGUUUUGCAGGUUCUGGAGAGGAGUGUUCAGGACAGGACUUCAUAAGAUGAAGGUCAGGUGGUGCUGGCUUUCAUAGAGGAACUGAUGAGAAUGAUGGCAGACAGGUGUGGUGAUUGUUGAGUGUGCACAGGUGGUAGCCAGAAAGGAUGGUGAGAAACGUACAGUAGUGUGCUGAGGUGACUGGUCUGAUGACUGAGGAUUGUGACACCCUGAUGUUUGUUUAGUAAUUAUCUUUUUUAUUUUGAAAUCUAUCCAUCUUUAUCUUUAUUGAACAAAGCAUGCCACAUGGCUUCACAUGCACUGAUGUCUAUGAUGUAACCUGGAUUGCAGAAUUUUGUUGCACAAUCUGUAAAGUCGUCUGUGUGUUUAAGGGCAGGAAGUUCAGAGCAUUGAAGAAAUGCUGUCUGAACGAGUUGAUGAGCAGAUAAUGAGCAGAUGAGUUAAAUAAGAAGUUUCUAUCAUACAUAUAGUAGACAUGAGAACAUUUAAGCACCACAUUUUAUUUUUAAGUGGCGUAGCAGUGAGUGUCCUUCUCUCAAUAACUUAUUCACAUGUUCUAAGGACUCUGACGCCUCCAUUUGCUAUGCAUGAAAGGAAUACAUAUACUGUAUGGCAUACAGGUGAGAACAGAACAGCUGCACUAGCCCUUAGCCAGAAGGUCAGAGUGUUAUGCUGGGUAAUGACGCAGCCUCAACACCUGGAAUCUAGAACCCGACAUGUGCGUGACACAUGGGGAAAACGCUGCAACAUCGUUUUGUACAUGAGCUCGAAGGAGUCUGACUUCCCCACGGUAGGGCUCAACGUGUCAGAAGGACGCAGUCAACUCUACUGGAAGACCAUACGGGCCUUCCAGCACAUUCACAAGAACCAUCUUGAAGAUGCUGAUUGGUUCCUCAAAGCUGACGAUGACACGUUUGUUGUCCUUGAGAAUUUGCGCUACAGUCUUUCCAAACACAACACAGAGGAGCCGCUGUAUUUUGGACGCAAGUUCGCACCAUUCGUUGCACAGGGCUACAUGAGUGGAGGAGCUGGUUACGUCCUCAGUAAGGAAGCUUUGAGGAGAUUUGUGAAGGGUUUUGCUGAUGGACUUUGCACACACAACACAGAAGUUGAGGAUAUUGGAUUGGGACGAUGCAUGGAGACAAUGAAAGUUAAGACGGGUGAUUCCAGAGACGUGUUGGGGAGACAAACCUUUCACCCUUACCCUCCAGACUAUUACCUGCUCAGACAGCUACCCAGACCACGACCUUGGUACCUCCUCUAUGAGCAUUAUGACCCUGUUGAGGGCCCUGGAUGCUGUUCAGAUUUAGCCAUCUCUUUCCACUACAUGAAUGCAGUAGGAAUGCACACACUAGAGUACUACACGUAUCACUUACGCCCAUAUGGAUAUAAAUACAGAUUUAACCCAGAUUAACUCUUAAAUAAUAGAAAUCUGAUGCAAAUCUAAAAAUAACACAGCAUUCAAAAUGUCGUCUUUUAAAGCAAAAUGUAUUAAUGCAUGUAUACAUUACUUCACUAUAAGACCAUUACAUGUAAAUCAUGUUAUAUUUAUUGUUCUAUAAUACAUAUUAAAACAGGUUUUACAUAUGGGAUUAAAGUUACGUUACAGACUAAGAACUUGAUUGUCAUAACAUUCGCUUCGGAAACACAAUGGUUUGCUUCAUCAUUGACUGAACGUAAAAAAAUUCAAGUUGAGAAUCUUUGUUAAAAUCUAUCAAAUGUAAGACAAGAAAAGCUUUUGGUUAAUCCAAACCUUGGAUGUUAUAUUGGAAAGGACUUCUGGAUGUUUGAUUGUCAUCUAUUUAUGACACGAAAGGAGGAGUUUAUACCCAAAUUCAUGAGUCAUGCUCACUGCUAAGGAAACAUGAACAAUGAAACAUGGGUAAAUAUCUUUGAAAU